AUGUCUUUCGUCGAGGACAAUGAAAAGCGCGCCCUCGCGUCCCCGCAGGUUUCCGUUGAGUCUGCGGAGACAGCGACUGUCGAUCGUCGGCGAGUCCUUCGCAAGCUUGACUGGCACCUGCUCCCGUUCGUGUCGCUUCUGUACCUUCUGUCAUUCCUCGACCGGACAAACAUUGGCAAUGCCAAGGUCGCUGGUCUGACCACGGACCUGAAGCUGACAGGGCUCCAAUAUAAUCUAUGCUCUGCGAUAUUCUUCCUGCUGAUGGAUCCCUACUCCGUUCUAGAUUCCUUAUUGCUUUUUCGAAAUACCAUCGUGCGCAAUACAUUUAGUCACCUUUCGGCUGCAUUUAACGGAGACGUACGCAGGAACAUGGCAAUGAAGUUCCUCAAGCCAUCUAGAUGGAUACCUCUAAUCAUGUUCUGCUGGGGCAUCGUCAUGGUAUGCAUGGCAUUUGUCAAGGAUUUCUCGGGUCUCUUGGCAGCUCGAAUCUUCCUGGGCUUGGCCGAGUCUGGUCUGUUUCCCGGAGUCACGUUUUAUCUGUGUCUGUGGUAUCCACGGGGAGCACAGGCACAGCGUAUGUCACUCUUCUUGUCGGCGGCGACUGUUGCAGGUGCCUUUGGCGGCAUUCUCGCAUUCGGCAUCGAGAAGAUGGAUGGAGUUGGAGGGUUGCAUGGCUGGUCAUGGAUCGCCUGGCGAUUGACCGACAAUCAGUUCAUUCUGGAAGGACUUGUGACCAUCAUUGUAUCUGCCGUCUCGUACUUCUUCAUGUAUGAUUACCCGGAGACUGCAGGGUUCCUCACAUCUGUAGAGAAACAAUGGCUUGUAGAAACCCUUCGGGAAGACACUGCAAAUUCGUCGAAAGGCUUUAAGUGGAAGUUUCUCCUUCAGGCACUACGCGACCCGCAUUCUUAUCUCAUGGUUGCCGCAUGGAUAUAUUCCGAUCACUGGCGCACCCGCGGCCCAUUUGUCCUUGCCGGCACGCUCACGGCCCUCGUAGGCUACGUCGUGCUUUACGCAACGAAGGCAUCAGUAGCAGGUUACAUUGGCACCGUCAUCGCGUCUUGUGGCCUGUUCCCUGCUGUAGCAUGCGUGCUCGCGUGGACGGGCGGGAACUUCAGCGGCGACGUCAAGCGGGGGGUCGUCAUUGCGAUGGUCAUCGGUAUUGGCAACCUGGGCGGCAUUGCGUCGUCCUUCAUUUAUCUCCCACAGGAUAGUCCAAGAUAUCAUCCAGGGCAUGCGACCGACAUUGCCUGUCUCUGUGUCUCAUCCAUACUAAUUGUCGUUGCCAUGCUGGAGUUUUCUCGCCUGAAUGCAAAGAGGAACGAACAAUGUUCGAAGGAGGGCAUCCAUACCGAUCGAGCGGAAGAGUUUCACGAAUUGGGAGAUCAGUCGCCAUUGUUUAGGCCAGGCCGGAUAAUGUCGAAACGCGGCCACGUGACAUUCAAAGCGUGCGUGUACACUGCACGCGGCGAUCUGUCUGCGCCAUCCAUCAUUGUCGGUAAUGAGGCUUCUACGCUCAUUUUUGAGGAUGCGACGGCAUCUGAGCGGAAUACUCGCUUCUUGACAACAAGGCUGCUUACCUGGCCAUCUGACCCCUUCAUCACCGUUCACGAUUCAAAAGUUUGCAAGAAGUCGCAAGGUACCCUGAGCUAUUCAACCACUGCCACGAAGACGGCCUUGCAUGAGGAUACUGGCUCGGCCGUCGAACUCCAGCUCAAAGCGACCUUCGGUUCACGAUGGGUAAUGGUCUCGAUGUCACCGGGGUUUGGUGUAACCUCGAUGCAAACAUAUCUUUGGUGGCGCCAUUAUCCCAGAGAUCCCUUGCAAAUUCGCCUUGUCGUAUGGUCGCUUCUCAUACACAUGAUCUACUACUAUCUGGUGAUCAACUACAACUCACCGGAAGCUUUGACGAAAUCUGUAUGGAGUUUUGACGUGAGUGCUCUCGAGACGGGCCACGAUCACUUUGAUAUCCCAUUGAUUCUGCUCUCCGGUGUCCGACUUGGUAAGUCCAUAUUACUGGUUACUGCCCGGAUGUUUCAGAUCCAAGUCCUUGACAAGCUUCCAGAUGCCAUGGCCCCUUACGUCGGAACGGGAAUGGGCAGCGGAAGUAUUGCCGAUUGCAUCAUCACUGCGUCGCUCGUUUAUUAUCUGAGGGACCACAAGACGGGUUUCAACAGCACUCGACGCAGACUGAACUUCCGGAAAGCGCACCGAGGCCGUGGUGUUACCGACGAGGAGUCGAGCAUUCCUCUGUCGUCGAUGCGUGCUGGGGAAGGGGAUAGAUCGUUCAGCAAGCGCGAUAGCUCUGCGGUCGCCCCAGUCGUACACGUCAUGACCACAACCAUUACGGACGCUCCGGAUGCGGAUGGGGACAAGAAGCCCACUCCAUUGGACUAUCACUUCACGCACGCAAUCGUUGACGACGUCUCCGACAUGGGGAUGUACAAGCGUGACCAGGAUCGAGUCUAG